AUGCCACUCUCCAGUCUGCUCUGGGUGUUCCUGGCCUUCACCUUCUCUGGAUCUGGUGUGACCCAGAAAGUUACUCAAGACCAGCCAUACAUAACCAGUCAAAUAGGGCAAUCUGUCAUUCUGAACUGUCGGUAUGAAGUAAGUUGGAGUGGGUACACGCACUACCUUUUUUGGUACAAGCAGCUUCCCAGUGGAGAGAUGACUUUCCUUAUUCAUCAGGAAUCUUCUGGCCUGAAUGCAAGGAAUGGCCGCUACUCUGUAAACUUUCAGAGAGCACAGAACUCUAUCAGCCUCAUCAUUUUAGCCUUACAGCUGGAAGACUCUGCAAAGUACUUUUGUGCAGUCUGGGAACUCACAGUGCUUGAAACUGGGAACAAGGCAAGCACAUCCACUCUCAUCACUCUCCUUCAGUACAGUGCUAGACGUCAGAGCCAGUGCAGUAAAGAAAGAACUGUGAUUAAUGCUAAGACCACCCAGCCCAACUCCAUGGAUUGUGCUGAAGGAGAAAAUGGAGAUCUUCCUCCCUGCGUAGCCAUGCUCUCAGUGACUCUUCUGCUACUUGGAAUGCUCUUCACAGCAAGAGGAACUGGAGCCCAGUUAGUGACCCAGCCUGACGGUCACAUCAGCGUCUCUGAAGGAAACCAUCUGGAGCUGAGAUGCAACUAUUCUUAUGGUGGAUCUAUUAAUCUCUUCUGGUAUGUCCAGUACCCCAGCCAAGGCCUCCAGGUUCUACUGAAGUAUUUAUCAGGGCCCAUCCGGGUUAAAGGCAUCAAAGGCUUCGAGGCUGAAUUCAAGAAGGAUGAAAAGUCCUUCCACCUGAUGAAAGCUUCAGCCCAUUGGAGUGAUUCUGCCAAGUACUUCUGUGCUCUGUGUGACACAGUGCCUGAGUCUGCAGGGGGAGCUGAACAAAAACCUUCUAGACAUUGUAGCUUAAAACACUCAGAGUCUCAGCCUGACCUGGUUUUAGAGAGGUCUCUGCUCUGA